AUGGAGCACCGUGGGGCAGACGCCGCUCCCGCAGCUCCCGAUCGCUGCCCCGGACCCCAGCGCCCCCUGCCGGCACGGGAGGGUGGCAGCCUCGGAGGAGGCACGGGUGGACAGCGGCCCCCACAGGCCAAGCGGGAAGCGGCGACAUCACCCGGCCGCGAGCAUUCGGGGGUUUGGGCUUCACGGAGUGGAAACAGCGAGUCCCAGCGGCUCAGCACCCGUCCGAGCCCCGCUACCCUUCCCCGCUGCCUCCCACAUGGCUCUCAGCGUCUUCUAGGCCGGGCCAAACCGAGGCCGGCCAAAUCUAACCCGGCCGAGUGGAGCCGAGCCCAGCCGAAUCUGCUCUCCCCCCACCCCACCCCAGCCUCUCCAAGCCGCAGCCGGCCCUGCCGAGGCUGCCGCACGCACAGGCGGCGGGUGGGGGAAGUAUCGGUAGCUGGGCGAGCAGCGGAGCGCACAGGGCCGGAGUCGGGCCGAGCUGGGCCCAGCCCCAGCCCCGGCCCGGCCCGGCCCAGCCCAGCCGGUGACUCCAUCCACAGGCAAGGUCAUGAAGAGCCCUCCCUUCUGAAGCUCCCUGCAGAGGAGGUCCUUGGGAGCCACCAGGGACCUUUCCAGUUCGACCGGCACGCUCUGGCCAGGAUCUCCACCUCUCCAACCCUCAGGCGCCUCAGAAUGGCCUCUGCCUCACAGGCUGUGCCAUUUCAGGAGUGCUGUGACGCAGCUCAGCUGUCCAAAGGCAGCCCAAAGGAAUUCAGCAGCUGCCUCCACCCCAGGAGUGGAUUGCCAGGACAAAGGUCAGGCGAGCGCAGGCGCAGCUCCCUGGUGGUGACGCUGCCAGGACUUGAGGUGUUCCCUGGAGACCUCCUGGUGUCAUAUGGUGCCAUGGACUGCCUGCCCUACACCACCCUCCUGCUGAGUGCAGAGUCCAAAAAGCCAAGGUGGCCAUUUGCCAAAAGAGGAGCUGGCAAAGACAAACAGAAGCAAGCAUCUGAUGUGGAAAACUGCCUCUCAACCCUCAAGAUCACAGACUGCAGCACAGAUGAAUUUUUAUGCUUUAAGAGCAAACCUUGGCCUGACUUUGUGAGGAGCCAGCAGCAGUGCCCCAGCAGCCAGGCAGAAGGGCAGAGGGAAGCAGCAGUGUGGGAGCUCUUCACAAGUGAAUGCAAUUACUUCCUGGAUCACCUGCUGGUUCUCAAGAUGAUAUUUGUGGACACCCUGAAGUACCUCCAGAGCAAUGAAUUUCUCUUGGAUGUGGAUCUGUGGAGACUUUUUGCAAACUUAGAGGAGUUAAACAGAAUAAGUCUGAGCUUUCUAAAAACCUUCUUUGAAGCUGUGAAGGAACAUGUGAGGAAAUCAGAUUCUCCUCUGGAUUUCAGCUCCAUCCUCAGAAAGUUCUUCCAGGGUGACCUCUGCCAGACACAUCAGAUUUAUUGCCUUAAUUACACCUCUGCUGUCUUCUACUUGGAAAACCUGAGACAGAGAGAAGAUUUUGGCCUCUACCUGAAGUGGUGUGAGCAGAACCAGCAGUGCAAGAGGCUGCACCUGCCCGAGCUGCUGGUUGCCCCUUUGCAGCGCCUGACUCGCUACCCCCUGCUGCUCAACAACAUCUGCCAGAGGAGCACUGACCAAGCUGAGAGAGCUCUUCUCCAGUCCCUUAAGGAGAAGGUGGAAAAGUCUAUCAGGGACCUGGAAGGUAAAGUCAAGUGGUUGGACAACUUCCAGAAGUUCAGGCAGCUGCAAGAGGUUAUAGUCUGGCCACAGGUCUGGGAUCGGGACAAGAGAUUCUUUGUGCCAGAGUGUUUGAAGCAAAGCUUAAGAGAAAACAGCAGUGAGACCAUCCUGUCAUCAGCAAAUAGACUUCUCCUCCAUGAAGGGAGGCUGACACUGGCAGAAAGCACAAGGCUCCUUGAUGUCUACCUCUUCCUGUUUGAUGAUUUCCUACUGAUUACCAAGAUCAAACGUAGCAAGAAGAAGUCUGGGGGCUCAGAUGCUGGCUUGCUGCCUGUGUGUCCUUCCUUGCCCCCUGAGCUGCAGUCCCUCAGAAGGGAGGGUGGUUUCUGCACAGUGCUGGACCAGCCCAUCCCUCUGGACAGACUGAUCCUGAAGAACGUGGACCCUGUCCAGGUUGCAGUCUUCAGCCUGCGCAAUGCCUUCCUGGUGCAGCAGCAGAACAGAUACUGCCAGAGCAUCGCAGUCUUCCUGCUGCAGGCCCAGACAGAGGCUGCCAAGAGAACAUGGAUGUCACAGAUAGAAACUGCCAUCUCCAACUACACCACACACCAUGAAACCAAGAAAAGUUCUGCUUUCUGCUUCCCAGCUGAAUCCUCCAGCUCUCAGUGA